UGUUAGGCGUCGUCAGGGCCGCGCCGGAGCCGAGGCCGAUCGGAGCGAGAACAUGUCAACAUCAGAUACAUCAAAUGGUCCAGGACAACCAGCAUCUUUUGGAAAUGCCCCUCCCAUGAUUCCACCACCAUUUAUGGGACCGCCAGGUAUGCCACCACCUUUUCCACCUAUGGGCAUGCCACCUAUUGGCCAGAGACCACCGAAUAUACCACCUUUGCCACCGAGUAUGAUGCCACCAAUGAUUCCUCCAAUGGGUGGACCACCAAUGGGACAGAUGCCAGGAAUGAUACCUCCUCUGAUGGCAGGAAUGAUGAUGUCUCGUAUGCCAGCUGCCCCCAUACAAGCAUCUGCACCUCCGCCAGGAGUGAGCACUACCGCUGCAGAAGUAACAUCAGCUCCCUCAACCACAAUUGUUCAGGCUGCAAAUCCAACCGUUUCAAGUGGUCAACAAAUUUCAACUGGAAAUGAAUCAUCAGGAGAAGAGCAGCCUAAGAAGAAGUCCGUAUGGACUGAACACAAAUCUCCAGAUGGGAGGACCUAUUUCUAUAACUCUGAAACAAAACAAUCCACAUGGGAGAAGCCGGAUGAGUUGAAAUCGCAUGCAGAGCAAUUGCUAUCAAAAUGUCCAUGGAAAGAAUACAAGUCAGAUACAGGGAAGCCCUAUUAUUACAAUUCUCAAACAAAAGAAUCUCGAUGGACUAAACCCAAAGAAUUGGAAGAGCUGGAAGAAAUGAUCAAAGCUGAAGAAGAAAAUGGGGUGAAGGAGGCUUCAGUGUCUACAGUAUCAACCUCUGUUCAAGAGGCAACAACCACCACCCCAGUGGAAGUUACUGAGAAUGAAGUUACAACUACCGAUGAUAAUGAAAAGCAGCAAACAGUAGCUGUUGAGCAGCCUGAACCUGAACCUGUAGAAAUCACAUCCCAGCCAGUAGAAGAAGCCACAAAGCAGGAAGUUCAAGAAAAUGAUGUUCCCAAGAAAGAGGAGGAGGUGAAGAAAGAGCCAGUCAGGAAAACGUAUACUUGGAACACAAAAGAGGAAGCAAAACAAGCAUUUAAAGAACUGUUGAAAGAAAAGGGUGUUCAGUCAAAUGCCUCAUGGGAACAAGCAAUGAAGAUGAUUAUAAAUGACCCUAGAUAUAGUGCUUUACCGAAGCUGAGUGAAAAGAAGCAAGCGUUUAAUGCGUAUAAAAUACAGACUGAAAAAGAAGAGAAGGAAGAAGCCAGGCUUCGCUAUAAGGAAGCAAAAGAAAAUUUUCAACGGUUUCUUGAAAACCAUGAAAAAAUGACAUCUACUAUCAGAUACAGGAAAGCUGAACAAAUGUUUGGAGAAACUGAAGUAUGGACUGCAGUUCCUGAGCGGGAUCGACAGGAGAUCUAUGAAGAUGUUUUGUUUUUCCUGGCCAAAAAAGAAAAGGAACAAGCAAGGCAACUGAGGAAAAGAAACACCCAGGCACUAAAGAAUAUCCUUGACAACAUGGCAAAUGUAACAUACUGCACUACAUGGUCAGAGGCACAGCAAUAUCUGAUGGAUAAUCCAACUUUUGCAGAGGAUGAAGAACUACAAAGUACGUUAAACGAUAUGGAUAAAGAAGACGCACUUGUAUGUUUUGAAGAGCAUAUACGAGCAUUAGAGAAAGAAGAAGAGGAGGAGAAACAGCGAGGUUUGCUUAGAGAAAGGAGAAGGCAGCGUAAAAAUAGGGAAGCAUUUCAGACAUUCUUAGAUGAGUUACAUGAAAGUGGACAUUUACACUCAAUGUCCACGUGGAUGGAAUUGUAUCCUGCUAUUAGUGCAGAUAUUCGAUUCUCCAAAAUGUUAGGCCAACCUGGAUCUACUCCACUUGAUCUCUUCAAAUUUUAUGUGGAAGAUCUAAAAGCCCGCUUCCAUGAUGAGAAGAAGAUAAUAAAAGAUAUUUUAAAGGAUAAAGGAUUUGUUGUAGAAAUAAAUACUACCUUUGAAGAAUUUGGUACAGUCAUUAGUUCAGACAAGAGAGCAGCCACACUUGAUGCUGGUAAUAUUAAACUUACUUUCAACAGUUUAUUAGAGAAAGCAGAAGCUAGAGAACGUGAAAGAGAAAAAGAAGAAGCUAGGAAAUUAAAACGUAAAGAAACUGCUUUCAAGAGUAUGUUAAAACAAGCAACACCACCCCUUGAGCCAGAAUCAAAUUGGGAUGAGGUCCGAGAGAGAUUUGUAAAUGAGUCUGCUUUUGAAGACAUUACAGUAGAAUCUGAAAGAAAAAGACUUUUCAAGGAGUUUCUACAGAUUCUCGAGCAUGAAUGCCAGCAUCAUCAUUCAAAGAGCAAAAAACAUUCCAAGAAAUCUAAAAAGCAUCACAGGAAGCAUUCUCGCUCUCGUUCAGGUUCAGAAUCAGAAGAUGAUGAUUAUCACCACUCUAAGAAGAAAAAGCGCUCACAUUCAAAGUCUCCUUCAGACCGAUCCUCGAGUGAUGAGUCAGAGCGGAGUUAUAAAAAGUCUAAAAAACACAAGAAAAAGGGCAAGAAGCGAAGACGCAAGUCUAUGACCCCUGAAUCUGAAGGGGAACGAGAACGUGAUCGUGAACGUGAAAGAGACCGGGAUAGAAGAGACAAAGAAAGGAGCAGGGAUGAUGAAAAAGAAAGAAACAGACACAGAUCACAAUCAAAACAUAAAUCACCUAGAAAACCUACUAACAAAGAUACGGCAAACUGGGAAACUUCCGAUAGUGAGCUAAGUGAAGGGGAACUGGAAAAACGGAGGCGAACGCUCCUUCAACAACUUGAUGAUGACCAAUAAUUUACCCAUCUAUGUUUGAAUUAUUUAAGGCAAAAAUUUGGUGAGGGCAGUCUUUUAACACUCAAAAUGAUUAAAUGUAAUUUACAAUGCUUUGACACUUGUAAUUUUUACAGGGGAUAUGAUUUGUGAAACCAGUAUAGAUCCCUCAGACUUUCAAUAUGUGAGCCACAGUGUUUCCUUAUUAUGUAGAUAAAUCCGUCUGAUUCCAAGAUCUGCCAGCUUAAGUUUGGGUGAAUAUCAUGCUACAGUACUCUAUAUCCAUCAUGGGUCUUAAAGCUUGCCCAUAGUUUCUUGAAGAGCACCUGAAAGCUGCAUCUGGUGUGUUUUUGUAUCCAACAGCAAGCUGUGGAUACCAGAAACUAAGCAGUUUGUGUAUGCUUUUGUAAAGUUGAAGAUGAGCCGGUGCCCAGAAUUUGCCUAGAAAUUGUUCUGCCUGCUUGACUUUCAAAACGGGAAUAGCCAAUCACAAUGGAAUUUUGUGAUUAAAAGGUUUUAUUUUGCCAUCAUACAUUAUGAUGUUAGCAAAAAUCCUAGGUAAUCAAAAAGAACUUAAUUGAACUGGUUAUAACUAGUAAGAUAGCAUGGCUCUUUCCUAAUGUUCAGUGUGUGAAGUAUCUGCUAUUUCUAACACAAAUAGUUUUUUUUUUGCAUCCAACUGAACAAAGCUAGCUGUGUUGAGACCUAGGAUGUUUGAGUUACCCUUUAAAAUGUUUGGUCAUUGUGCAUUACUGAAUAUAUUACAAUAUAAAAUAUAUUAGAUAGUUGUGCCAUUAAACUGUAGCAGGAUUUCAUUUUGCUUGAAGAAAUACAAAACCGAAUUUAUUCUGGAAGUCUUGGUAGCUUCAAUGCCUGUUUUAGUGUAGCUAAUUUUGUAUUUAAGGACAUUUUUAUUGUAAUUUGCCUUUUGGAAAACUGUAACAGAACAUUUUUGGAGCAUGAUGCAGGAAAUAAAGCUUGUACCUGUAGCAGAGUUCAUUUCCUAAACAGUAAGACAAAUUUUAUUGAAGUUGUUCUAAAAUUUAAUUUUUCCAGGGCAUGAAAUGCAGCAGAGGGUUUAUUUUCCAUCUCUGUAUAUACUUGUGUCUGAAAUACUUAAGUGUUGCUCAGAAAGGGAGCAGAAUAUUUUUGUAUGUUUUAUCAGAGAAACAUUAAAAUUUGUUUUCUGCUGAAAG